UACAAUCAGUUUUUGCGUAACUCUCACGAGCCCGUAAAAAUCGUUAUCAACUGGAAAUUUGUGUCAACAAGGAGUCAGCCACCCGGUCGUUUCUCUAGUUUUUUCCCCGAUUCUUCUCGAAAUUCUCCAGUCUCCAGAAAUGUCAAAAGUUAUCGAAUGUGAAAUUUGCAAUCUGGAGUUCUCAAGUGUCAAUGAAGAUCAGGUUCCAAGAAUUUUGAAAUGUGGCCACUCGGUUUGUCAGUGCUGUGCGACAAAACUACUAAAAAACUCGGCGAUUUCUUGUCCAUUCUGCCGGGAAACAACAAGUGUCAGUGCGGUAAAGGAUCUGCAAAAGAAUUUUGCACUGCUGCAAAUAAUUGAACACACGAAAACUGAACGUGUAGAAGAGGAAGAUGAAGCAGAUGUACCGCCAAAAUGCGCGACCCAUAAAUAUAAUAUGGCGGAGUUCGUUUGUCUUGACCCCAACUGCUCCUCCGACGAAAAGCUAAUGUGCCGAACUUGCGAGGAGUUUGGAGUUCACGCCGGACACUCGAAGGGCCUCCUACAGACGGAAGCUUUGAAAUUGAGAACGUUGCUCAAAGAUAAGCUUUUAAAGUCCGAAGAUCAGAUUGUUCAAAUUGACAAGAACAUUGAAGAGGUUGACAGCGCCCAGCAAACAAAUCAAGUAGAUGGGAAGGUGUUUCAAGAUAAAAAAGAUUUGAUAUCCGUCUACUAUACCUCAAUACGAGAGACCUUAGAUGCCCAGGAAGCCCUUGCAAAUCAAAAACUACGCGAAAUUGCAGAAUCCAAUUCAGCUAGCAAUAAAUUACUACUAGAAGAAUUGUCGGAAUCCCUGGAAACCCAGAAAUUGAAAAACGAGAAAUUAAAGUCGUUUCUGGGAAUGAGCAACGCGGAUUUGUUAGCUCUAAAUUCAGAAAUUCAGCUCUGGGAUGACUCGGAAAAUACAGAAGUUGAGCCUAUUCAGUUUGAUGUAGCAUUAAAUUUUCCAGAAGUGAACAGGUUAGCUGUGGAUGUGGCAAAUGCUUCAAUGUCAAGCUCUCUGGAGCCAGAUAAUAUAACCCUGUGGCUUUGAAUGUUCCAAACAAGGCAGUUUUUUGGUUUUAAAGUUUUCAAUCAUUUUUUACUUUGUACAAAUACCGAUAAACAACCGAAAAUUCAACUCUCCAAUCCUGAUUUUUUUGGCCCUUUUCGGGCAAUAUAAAUUUUUGAAAUGUCUAA